AUGAAGAAAUUCUACGGGCUUACCGGUACUAAGCUCAAUAUUGCCAUUGCAGUCAUUGCAGGCACUGAUUUUGCUCUAUUCGGAUAUGAUCAAGGUGUAAUGGGCGGUCUGCUCACUCUGGGGUCUUUUCUGAAACACUUUCCAGAAAUUGAUACCGCCAACCCCCCUGCAGGAACCACUGCAAGCUACACUUCCACGAUACAAGGCAUCACGGUCGGCGCAUAUACGCUCGGGUGCUUCUUUGGCGCUGUGGCGACGAUAUGGCUCGGCAACAUGCUUGGACGCAAGCGUACAAUCUUCGUCGGUAGCUCAAUUAUGGUCGUCGGUGCUAUAUUGCAAUGUUCCUCCUUCGGCCUGCCACAGCUCAUUGUAGGGCGCUGGAUCACAGGAUUUGGCAAUGGCAUGAACACAUCAACAGUACCUACUUGGCAAGCCGAGACUAGUAAAUCUCACCGCCGAGGACAGAUGGUCAUGAUUGAGGGCUCCUUGAUUGUGUUCGGCGUUAUGCUCAGCUACUGGAUUGAUCUCGGCUUCUCUUUCUUAGAACCAAGUACCAUCUCCUGGCGGUUCCCUAUAGCCUUCCAGAUCAUUCUCGCUCUGUUCAUCCUGGCUCUGAUCCCAGGUCUUCCGGAGUCUCCUCGUUGGCUGGUUCUUAAGAAUCGAGAAGAAGAUGCUUUGCAAGUGCUGUGUGCACUCAGCGAUCUGCCACCAGAGGAUAAGAAGAUUCAGAGCGAGUUCCAGGCUGUCAAAGAUACUGUGUUGGAGAUGCAGAAGGGUGGUUUCAGAGACUGCUUUAAGAUGAACCGGAAUCGCAACUUUCAUCGUACGGCUUUGGCUUAUGUCAAUCAGAUGUUUCAGCAGAUCUCGGGUAUCAACAUCAUAACGUAUUAUGCCGCGACUAUCUUCGAGCAGAACAUAGGCCUUUCGCCCUUCCUAAGCCGUCUCUUAGCCGCAUGCAACGGUACCGAAUACUGGAUGGCAUCUUGGAUCGCCAUCUUCACCAUUGAAAAAUUCGGCAGACGAACCCUCAUGAUAUUCGGCGCAGCAGGCAUGUCCGCCAGCAUGUGUGUCCUAGCCGGCACCACAAGCAAAGUCAGCGACAGCAUGGGCAUUGCCGCCGCCGUCUUCCUCUUCGUCUUCAACUCCUUCUUCGCCAUCGGCUGGCUCGGCAUGACCUGGCUGUACCCUGCCGAAAUCACCCCCCUCAGCAUCCGCGCCCCCGCAAACGCCAUCUCCACAACCGCAAACUGGAUCUUCAACUUCAUGGUCGUCAUGGUCACGCCGCCUGCAUUCGCAAAUAUCGGGUACCAGACGUACAUCAUCUUCGCCGUCAUCAACGCCUUCAUGGUGCCGUGCGUCUACUUCUUCUUCCCCGAGACGGCGUACCGCUCGCUGGAGGAGAUGGAUGAGAUUUUCCACAAGACGACGAAUCCCUUUGACGUGGUUAAGGUUGCGAAGCAAAUGCCGCAUAGGUAUGAUAAGCACGGUGAGUUGCUUAUCAGUUACGAGGAAACCGAGGAGGCGCAGCUGUAUGCUGAAAGGAGGAGGAGCAGUGUCGUGGCGGCGGAGACACGGGGGGCAAGUCUUGGGGUGGCAAAUGUAGAGAAGAAGGAUGCGGUAGAGCAUAGGGAGUAA